AUGGCAAUCGAUAAGACUUGGGUGACCAUGAGAAAUCGUAAGGAUCCAGCUUACUGGGAAGGUCUCCAAGUCUUUAUGGAACUUGCGUCUAAACACAAGGAUUGUGACGGAAGAAUUUUCUGUCCUUGUGUUAAAUGCAAGAAUACUAGAUUGCAUCCUUUGAAUACUGUGGAGGCACACAUCUUUACAAAGGGUUUCGAGAGCAGCUAUGAGAGGUGGAUUUACCAUGGGGAGCCAGAUGAACCUGUCGAGGCUAACAUCAAUGUCGAUGCGGAUGAGAUGGCUGGUGUCAUUGAAGAUUUCUUCCCUCCUAUAGAUGACGACGAAAGAGCUGGUGAUGAUGAAAUGCAGAGGGGUCAGUAUUAUGAUGACAUGUUUGAGGAGAUUGAGGCAGAGUUGUAUCCUGGUUGCGAUUGGAUAUCGUCCCUCAACUUUAUAGCAAAGUUGAUGCACUUAAAAAAUUUGGGAAAAAUACCAAAUUAUAUCUUUGAUGAAUUGUUGAAGUUGUUGAAGUUUGCAUUUCCGAAGGAGAAUAAAAUUCCUGCAACACACUAUGAGGCGAAGAAGAAAUUAGGAAAAUUAGGAUUAGGGUACGAAUCAAUCCACGUGUGCGUGAACAAUUGUUGUUUGUUUCACAAUGAGCAUGCCUCGAAAGAUUUUUGCCCGGUGUGCGGGACCAGUAGAUGGAUUAAUGAGGAGACAAGCGGAAAAAAAGUAGCGCAUAAAGUGAUGCGCUACUUUCCGUUGACUCCUCGAUUGAAAAGAUUAUACAGUUCAAGACAUACAUCCAAAGAGAUGGUAUGGCAUCGUACUGGUCGUGUGAGAGAAAAUGGUGUUAUGCGUCAUCCUGUUGAUUCUGCCGCGUGGAAAGACUUUGACUCCAGACAUCCUGAUUUUGCAAGAGAUCCUCGGAAUGUUCGCCUAGGCUUAGCUGCUGAUGGAUUUAAUCCUUUUGGCAACAUGAGCCUCUCGUAUAGUAUGUGGCCUGUAGUGUUGGUGAAUUACAAUUUGCCACCUUGGAUGUGUAUGAAGGAUAACAAUUUCAUGUUGAGUCUCCUUAUUCCCGGACCGAAGUCACCUGGUAAGGACAUGGAUGUCUUUUUAAGGCCAUUGGUGGACGAGCUAAACGCAUUGUGGACUCAGGGUGUUGAAACAAGAGAUGCUACAACCAACUCAAUGUUCAACAUGCGCGCAGCUCUUCUUUGGACAAUUAAUGAUUUUCCUGCCCGUAGUAGCUUGUCCGGAUGGAGUGGACAGGGAUAUAAAGCCUGUCCUACAUGCAACGAGGAUACUACUUCUAUUCGAGUGAUUGGUAAGACAUCUUAUGUUGGUCAUAGACGUUUCUUGCCAUCCAAUCAUCGUAUGAGAAAAGACCGUGAAUUUGAUGGAAAUGUUGAGAAGAGACCUCCGCCAAGACGAUUUACUUGUUCUGAAAUAUUAGAACAAGUGAAUGCUCUAUCUGAACGUGCUCCGGGGAAACGAAAAAGAGGCGACAUUGAAAAUAACUGGAGGAAAAAAAGUAUUUUUUAUGAACUUGAGUAUUGGAGUGCAAAUGAGUUGAAACACAACAUCGAUGUUAUGCAUGUUGAGAAGAAUGUUUGUGAUAGUAUCCUUGGCACUCUCUUGGAUAAUGACAAGUCUAAAGACACCACUAAUGCAAGACAAGAUUUGAAAAAUAUGAGAAUUCGUCAAUCCUUAUGGAUUUUCGAAGAUGCUCGUAAAAGAUUGCUAAAACCACAUGCCCCUUAUGUGUUAACUGCUAAUGAUAAGCAAUUGUUUUGUAAAUUUUUGAAGGACGUUAAAUUGCCAGAUGGAUUUUGUUCGAACUUGAAGAAGAAAGUAACUAAUGACAAUAUUGUUGGAUUGAAAUCCCAUGAUUGUCAUGUCAUAAUGCAAAGGUUACUUCCAGCUUGUAUUGGCAAGUUUUUGUCGAAGGAAGUAUCAAGCACCAUUAUAGAAUUGUGCAAUUUUUCAAAAUUUUAUGUUCAAGGACAUUGA